AAACCAGGUAGGGAAGUGUCUAAACUCUCGCUAUUGAUCAGUAAUCUGAUCAUGUGAAUCAUUUAGCGGAUGACCGAUACAGUAAUGCGAUGAUGUGUUCACAUGCCUAUAGAGUUCAUAUUUGACCUGUGAUCAUCAUAUGUCAGGUAUAAUGUUGGACUCAUUGGUGGGCUCUGUGAGGAGGCAUCUGCGCUUGGAUGCCUUUAAGGAUGUUGCCCAUCAGUAUCCUGUUAUCUUCUGUAUCUUCAUGUUUAUGAUCUCCUCCACCAUCAUACUCAACCAAUAUCUCCAUAUUCUGAUGAUAUUCUGGUCAUUUUUGGCUGGAGUGAUCACAUUCUACUGCUCACUCAGUCCGGAAUACCUGCUGCCUAAUAUUCUCACCUCUAUAAGGACCAAGAGGAAGGCACAGGAGCAGCAGGAAUUAUUUCCACUGUUUCACAGCUGUGCAGUAUGUGGCAAACACCAGUGCACACGUCACAGACCUACACUUCUCCUGGAAAACUAUCAGCCAUGGCUGGACCUUAAAGUGCCGUCCCAAGUGGAUGCCAGUAUUUCAGAGGUUCUGGAGUUAGUUCUGGAGAACUUUGUUUAUCCGUGGUACAGAGAUAUUACAGAUGAUGAGGGAUGUGUGGAUGAACUGAGACAGACGAUUCGUUUCUUUGCUGCAGUUCUGGCUCACCGUGCACAAAAGGUGGAUGUUCCUUCACUUGUGAUAUCUAAAAUGCUUAAAGCUGCUAUGAAGCACAUUGAGAUCAUUGCUAAAACACAUCAUAAAGUAAAGAAUGCAGAAGAUCUUCAGCAAGCAGCACUGGCAGAGUAUGGUGCAGAUCUUCAUGUAGCUCUGCGUGGCCGUAAAGAUGAGCUGCAUUACUUGAGGAAACUCACAGAGCUGCUGUUUCCAUACGUCAUGCCUCCUAAAGCAACCGACUGCAGAUCUUUGGCUCUGCUGAUUCGAGAGGUCAUGACAGGUUCUGUGUUUCUCCCUAUCAUGGACUUCAUAGCCGACCCUGACACAGUAAAUCACAUGGUGCUCAUCUUCAUUGAUGAUACUCCACCUGAGCAGUUGACAGAUCCCCCAUCUGCACUGGUGCCAUUCUUGCAGAAGUUUGCAGACACUCGCAACAAGAAAACCUCUGUGUUGAAGUUGGACUUGAAGGAGAUCAGGGAAGAGCAGGAUCUGUUAUUUCGCUUCAUGAGUUUUCUGAAGGAGGAAGGAGCUGUACAUGUGCUGCAGUUCUGCCUGACUGUGGAGGAGCUUAACGAUAGGAUCUUGUGUCCUGACUUGAGUGACGCUGAGAUGCAGCAUCUGCAUGAGGAGGUGCAGAAGAUCUAUCACAUGUACUGUCUGGAGGAGAGCAUUGACAAGAUCAGCUUUGACUCCUUCAUCAUAGACGAGAUACACAACAUCGCUCAGGGGCCAUAUACUGGUGUGGUGAAGCUGCAGACCAUGCCUUGUCUGUUUGAGGCAUAUGAACAUGUGCUGUCUCUACUCGAGAACGUCUUCACACCCAUGUUUUGCCACAGCGAUGAGUAUUUUAGACAUCUGCUGUGGGGCGCUGAGUCUCCUGCAAGAAACUUAAAGUUAAUCAGGAAUUUGAGUUUGGAAGAUUUAAGGAGUACGUCGAAGCGCGGCGAGUCAUUUGGGAUUAGCCGCAUUGGCAGCAAGAUAAAGGGUGUGUUUAAGAGCAGCACGAUGGAGGGCGCACUGCUGCCACAACAAUACACCAUGAUUGAAGGAGAAGACGAUGCGGUCGAGGAGGCAGUGAUGGUUUUUGAAGAUGACUCUCCGGGGCCUGUGGAGGUGGUGGGAACUCCAGGAACAUUGCGAAACCUAUCUGCCUGGACCAUCUCCAUGCCUUUUGUGGAUUUCUAUGAGGACGACUUGAAGAAAGAACGCAUUCCAGUCUUCUGUAUCGACGUGGAGCGCCAUGAUAGAAAGAACGUGGGACAUGAGACUGAAAUGUGGUCCGUUUAUAGAAGAUACCUGGAGUUUUACGUGCUAGAGUCCAAACUCACAGAAUUUCAUGGCCCAUUCCAGGACACCCAACUCCCUUCCAAAAGAAUUAUUGGACCAAAGAAUUAUGAGUUCUUGUCCUCCAAACGAGGUGAUUUUGAGGAAUAUUUACAGAAACUGCUUCAUCACCCAGAGCUGAGUAACAGUCAACUGCUUGCAGAUUUCCUCUCGCCUCACAGUAUAGAGUCACAGUUCCAGGACAAAAGGUUGCCAGAUGUUAACCUGGGAAAAAUAUUCAAGUCCGUUCCUGGAAAACUUAUGAAAGAGAAAGGGCAGAAUCUGGAACCGUUUAUCCAGUCGUUCUUCAGCUCCUGUGAAUCCCCUAAACCCAAACCCAGCAGACCUGAACUCACCAUCCUCAGCCCCACAGCAGAAAAUAACAAGAAGCUGUUUAAUGAGCUGUACAAAAACAACGCCAAUCUACCUGAAGGUCUGGAGAGAAAGCACAACCAGAACUAUUUCAUGGAGCUCAUGGAGGUUGAUGGAAUUUAUGACUACUUGAUGUACAUUGGUCGCGUGGUGUUCCACAUGCCUGACUGGCUACAUCACAUCCUGAGUGGAGGUCGUAUACUCUUGAAGAGGACUCUAGAGGCAUACGUAGGACACCAUUUCCAGUGCAAACUAGAUCAGAUCAUGCAAGAGCACCGCCUGGUCUCCCUCAUCACACUACUGAGAGAUGCAGUGUUCUGUGAGAGUACAGAAGAACGGUCUCCUGAAGACAAACAAAGACGAGCCAAACAAACCUUUGAAGAGAUGAUGAAAUACCUGCCAGAUAAUUUGUCAAAAAAAGAAAAACAACAGAAAACAUACUUAGAACAACUACUAUUUGAUGUAGUGGGGAAAUGUAUCGGUGAAGAAGCAAAGUAUGAGGGCGUCAAGAUGCUUUUCAAUGCCAUUCAGCAGCCCCUCCUCAACAAACAGGUGACGUAUGUUUUGCUUGACAUCGCUGUUCAGGAGCUCUUUCCAGAACUCAACAAGAAGGCUGGUCUUUCUACAAGAUGGCUGUGAAACAUUCUCAGACGCCCAGAAGAUCCAUUAACAUAUUAACAUGUUAUUUUAUUACACUGUUCAAAUACAGUUAUUUAUUCACUCUAAUGAGGUGCAUCUAACCAUUUAUUUGAACCCUUAACUGUAACAGAAUAAUGACAUUAUAACAUCAGAAAAACACACAAAAGUCAUAUAAGACUAUCAGUGUAACAUCCUUCAUUACAGAUGUAAAGAUUUUCAGCUUUGGUUUAAACGAUUAAACAGACAUGAGAUACAGAGACAAAUAUACUAUAUAUAUAUAAAUAAUGUACAAAACUUAAUUAACGUAAUUGAGUCAUAUAGUGUAAAACAUUUUAGAACCAAGUGCAAAAUAAAAAUCUUUUAAAGGCCCUGAAAACAAUGUUUUUGUCUUUGAAAUAAGCAAACCAAAGUCUUAUUAUAUCCAGCUCCUCUGUCACUGCUCAUUUGUAGUAAAUCAAAACCUAUUAAAUUAUUUAUUCACAUUUCAUUUCAAAUAAAUGCUUAAGAACAGGUGUACAGUAACUACCUGGGCAAAGUAGGGUUAGUUUUUUUUAUCACCAAACUAACCACCAACUUCAUUGUCACUAACUGUGCUGUUUAUCAUCGAUAUUAUCAACAAA